AUGAGGUCUCCAAGAUCAGCACUUUUGUGCAGUGGACGAGAAAAUGCACACUUGCGAAGGGGAUUCUGGUGGUCCCCUGCAGGUGAAACUGUUGCACAACUCCCGGACGACACCGUUCGUGGUCGGAGUAAUAUCGUUCGGGGGUGUUUGUGGAACGUCUAACCCGGGAGUGUACGCGAAGGUAGCGUUCUUCUACGACUGGAUUGUGGCUACGAUGCGGGAUCAUGGCGCUGUUGGACUUGAAGAGGACUACAAUGCUACCUUGUGCGCAUUGCGUUACGCUUCAUUGCGAGAGUUUGACGAUCAAGUUCGGAUUGAUGAGAAGCGAUCGAGUAAUUUCACAGCGGUGGACAUGACUAGGGUGAGAAUUUCUAGCCGUGCAUUGCCAAUACAGAUGGUUGACAUUGGACAAAAUUGUUACGGUGUUAUUGUGGAUGAGGAUACAGUGUUCACGGUGGCUGAUUGCACAAAUUUGAAAGAGGGUUGUACGCAGAUUUUGGAAAAGAUAACGGUCUGAUACAGUUUCUUUCAGAAAAUCUCCAGCUUACGUUACUUAUCUGGGUGAUAAAAUAAUGCCCAUAUCAAAGAUACAUGUUCAUCCUAAUCACGUGCAAGGAUCAGGCUACAACAACAUUGCUAUUCUGAAGAUGAAUAAAUUGCUAGAUUUGCCUCUGGGAUUCCAACCUUCCUGUAUUUGGCACGGAAUGUUUAACGAUUCGGUAAACGCAUACGGCAGUGGUCGUCAGGACAUCAAUAAAUUUUUAAAUUUCGACGAAGAGAUUCAACUUAAUCCAACUCAAAAGCUCCAAAAUAUCCAAUCUCCCGUUUUAAACGAAAGCAGUUGUGUAAUUUCAGAACGUUUCGUUCCAAGAUUGCGUCAUGGACUCACGAGGGAACAGUUGUGCGUCGGAAAUGACGUGUUUUUGGUACCGGGAUCAUGUGAUCUGCUGAUUGGUAGCGUUCUAUAUAAGUGGAUGUUGAAGGAGAACAACGAUUACCACCACACCGUAGCGCUGAGUCUAUUUGGAAGGGAUUGCGGUUUUGGAGAGCACCUUAUUGGGGUUCGUCUGUCAAGCCACGUGGAGUGGAUGAAAUCCGUCCUUUUGCCAAACUACCAGGAUACGGCUGAUACUGUACGAUACAUCGAUAUGGAUCUUCGUAAAGGCGAUAACUGCACAAUUUACAAGGGAAGACCUGCGCGUUGCGUUUCUUUGGAUAUUUGUCCAGAUCAUCUGAAUCGAAAAGUUGACACAUUUUGUUCCAGUACAUCUGUGGUUUGUUGUGCUAAUGAGAACAUCAGGUUGAGCGAAGACAGUCGAAUACAUCCAGAGAUUAUUAACUGUUCUGAAAUUACUCAUAGUCGAUCGCAUACGACUUCGCUAGGUUCAUUGGCGUACAUUGCAAUACAUUUCGGUGAAAGAAUCGCCUUCCUGUGCUCCGGAGUUGUUAUAACGAAAACAACAGUUCUAACAACUUCAAGCUGCCUGGCAGAACAUCGGUACUUUGUAGUUCGUCUAAUUGAUAAGCAGACACAGUACAACAUCAGUGACGUUUUGAAGCACGAAACCUACAACUUAACCGAUAAAACCAAAGAUAUAGCGUUGAUUAGGCUUAGCUACCCAUUUGAGUGGAAUUCGCAUGUUUUUCCAGCCUGUCUAUGGACAAAUCAAACCCAUACGCCAAUUGUGCUGAACAUGACCUUAGCAGUUGGAAAAGAUGUUACCGCAACCUCUGUGCUUCACCCAAUGUACAAUACUGACUGCCAGCGGGGUCACCCGUACGAGGUUCAUAAGACUCAACUUUGUUUGAAAAAUCCUGUGAAGAAUACCACAUGUGUAAGAUUUAGCGAUAUGCUAACUUGGUUGGAUCCUCGUGAUGUCCCGUUCCUUGUAGGGGUUACUCCAAAUGAAUGGAGGUUUUCGACUGCUACAAGAAUCUCAUCCUUUUUGGAGUGGAUUACAAAGAAUGUGUUUAUUUGAACAGAACACAAAUAAAAAUAAAAUUGAACAUUGUCUUCUCCUCCAUUUUCUAUGUUAAUAUAUUAGCUCACAAAAAAUCUUAUUCGGGAGUUAAUUUGAGUCAAUUUCAAAACUCAACAUUCUUUGAGGUUUACACCACCAGUUGGACAUGCAACCGGGUCGGUGUGGCAAGAGCAGUGCACGGCAAAACGGAAAAGCUUUUUUUCCGCUUCCACUUUUCUCGAGGAUAAUUUAAUUUAUAACACAAAAUGCAGCUCGUUCAUUAUGGGAAAGCGGGUGCAAGCUAAGGCGACGAACGCUGAGCGGUGGUUCAGCAGAGCAGUGUGUCUUUGUAGAGUUUUCACCCUGCGGACUGUCUUUCGGGAUUGGGUGAGGCAGUUUGGGUUGAAAUGGGACUUUUAGCUCUACUCAAGGGUUUCUGUAACUAGUAGAUGGUUUCAUUUUACCCCAUUUACCCUCCCGUACAAAUCCGCACAGUCCAUCCACCACUGCAAAGAUUCAUCCUGGCGGCGUUAGAUCAUGUUGAGAACUGCAUGAGCCAGCCUCGCCAGGAGCCAGCGGGAAGCAUCGCCCGGUCCAUCUCCCUUAGGGGCAGCCGUCUGACUUGCAGUGCACGUAAUGCGAGUGUUUUCGCCGCAGGUUGCCAAUUUUCUGACCAGCUCCGUCUGGUUUUGCGUUCUUGGUCUCUGAAGCAGCGCAGUUUGGCCAGCCAGCUAGAGUUAGCUUUAAAGUAAUUUGCUUGGCCGCGUGGUGGUUGCAGCAGUGGCGGUUCAGAUGGUCUUGAAGAUUUUUUGUUUGAGGUUUCCUUAUCCCACGGACGGACUGGGAAAUGCAACCAUUGGAACCACAUUGGAGGAUGGAUGGAAAAAAAUUAGGUUUGUUGGCGGAACGGAGUGGUCUUUUCAACGCAGUGCGGACAAUGUGGUUUUGGGCAGUGGUUAAUGUACGAAUAAAUGAAAUUUUCUUGUUUCACAUGUGAAAA